CCUCUCGAUUCCAUUUCACACUCACUGCGAUUCACAUUUGACAGUGGCGCCUUUGUCUUCUCGAGGUGGCUUCAGAUUUAUAUGGGUGUGGCUCCCAUUUUCUCCACUUCUCUUACUUCCCCCAUUUUCUUCUCUCCCAGCCCAGCUCUAGAGGGAGUGAAGGUCGGUCCGAGCUGCAAAAAUGGAGAAGGCCUUGACCAGAGUGACCAGCUUAAAGGUCGGGAGCUUGUGGAUUUCAAAGAAAGCCAAGGAGGAACUCGCUAAUAUCACCGACGAUUUCCAAGACGCUUGAUGCAAACACGUCUAAAUCAGAUUAUAUCUGGAUGCUCAAAACUUGCACUUUCUCAAAUACCGUGGAAGAGAAGGCAAAGUGGAUUUUCAACAAGCUAAAAGGAAAGCCAUUGAAGAGCCUGCCGGAAUUACUCCGUGAGUACAACUUACCGCCCGGCCUCUUUCCUCAGAACAUAAUCAGCUACGAAUUUGAUGAAUCCAGGUCCAGGCUGAUUGUGUACUUACCAUCCGUUUGUGAGAUAAGCUUCAAGGAUUCUUCUGUGGUCAGAUAUGCAACACGGGUGAAAGGAACUCUUCAGAGAGGGAAGCUAACAAGCAUUGAAGGAAUGAAGACAAAAGUCCUAGUGUGGGUGAAAGUGACAAGCGUGAUGGUUGAGGGCUACAAAUCUGAUAAGGUCUGGUUCACAGCAGGAGUGAAGAAGUCGAGACUGAAAGAUGCGUACGAUAAGCCCCGUGACGCCGUUAGGGUAGAAGAAUUCUGAUAUUCAAACUAUGGCACAUUGUUAGGCAUCAUUAAGGAUAGCAGGGAAAUGAAUCCUGUGGGUUACAUUAGUUGCAUUUGAAUCUUGUCUCCUUUUAUUAUAGAUAUUGUGUUCAUGAGGAGUGUCCAAACCAGUUGAUCCAUAAAAUGUAAUGCUUCCCAACUUGCUUACCUAGCGGAGCUGAUAGCUUAUGAAGAGACUGGAGUGUUAAGGGUUACAAUAUUUUUUUAGAGAUAAAUAAAUAUGCAUUUAUUGAC